UACAGUGGAUAGAAAGCCUAGCAUAGUCAGAAAGGUCUGUGUUCAAGUCUUGUCCCUGAGAGGUACUGGCUGUGUCACCCUGGGCAAGUCACCUAGUCUGUCAGUACCCUGAGUAACUAAGACUGUAACAAACUGGCCGUUGAUCUGCACUGGUGAAGGCAGUUUCCCUACUUGGCCUCCUCCAUCAAUGGGAGUCCAAAUCCAGAGCCCAAAAUAAAUAGACAAACCUGUGCUUUUAUUGGUGUUGGAACACCUGGUAUGGAAAAGCCCUUCACCAGUGUAGACCAGCAAUUAAUUUGUAAUUUUCAAUGCUGAGACAUUAGUGACUUCCCUGGGAUCAGGAAGCCAGUACCAGGGUACCAGUCAGAGGCAGAGUCCCCAGACCAGCUUUCUAUCCACACUGCUUCUCAGUUACUGAUGGAACUUUAUAAACUGCACUGGGCAUUUUCGCUUCCCUGGCUUUCUAGUAUGGAUUAUAUCCUCAGGGUCUUUAUUUUGAUAUUAUUUGUCGGAGACAAGGAUUUGCCCGGUCUUUGCUACGUUAAGUAGUCAUGCUCAUCGUUUUAGAACAUUUUGAUUUCUUUCACUGGAAAGGCUUUUAAUGACGAAAGCCCUGAGGUAGAGGGCAGGCAGACAAAAUAGAAAACAUGCUCCUCCUCCUCCCCCUUCUUCUUAGGGUUAGUGGCUAAAUCCCGCCUACACAAAUGUAGCCGGUCCUUACUAAAGUACAAUGCCCUUUUUUAAUCCCUCAGGCAAGUGAAAUGAUAAUGUGAACUGUCCCUGCUAGCUGAAAUCGGGAAACCUGAGAGCAAGAAUUCGGGAAGUCAAAAAGCUAUUGUAGGGCAGGGAAAACUGAUGCUCUUGUUUCUUGCCCUUGAACAUUAGCAAAAUAAAUAAAUAAAUACAUAAAUAAGCGAGAUAAUUAGAAAUGGAAGGCUUGCAAAACAGACCCAUUGUGGCGUGGCGUGGCGUGCAGUGAAGAUGAAUAAAUCCACAGAAUAAGCAGCCGGCAGAGGAGAGAGACCUCUAUCCAGUGCGGGCUGAGGCAAUGUGGCUGCUUCUCUCAGUGGUCGCUUUAGAGGGGAAGAGGUGGGGUGAAAUAAAAGUGAACAUUUGGCUGUGGCCAAGGAGUGGUUACCAAAAAUAAAAAAAAAUAAAAAAGGUGAAAAAGAAGACGAAAGCCUGUGGGAAAAUUGUUUCGUUCCUGAUCUGCUAACACUCCCGACCUCCCCUCCUGCAUCGAGGCUGACGGAUGGAUGGGGCUUUUUUAAACGUCACUGCAACCAGAUCCACGGGUGCAGCUUCUGCUUUACCGCAGAGUGAUGCAGUUGUGUAUAAUUCAGCAUGUGGUGCCUAGAAACAGGCUGAGGGGGAAGUAGCUGACCAGAGGAUGCAUGCGAUGUGCAGGGGAGCCUUCUCUGAAGCGGAGGGAGCGAGAGACCCACGGAACCUGGGAAAUUCCGCCAGCUGCAGAGAGGGAGGAGACGUUUCUCAGGGAGGCUUCUAGUUGAUACUGUGAGCAGAAGGAAGGAGGUGCUUGGAGCUGGGUCACUUAGCCUCCCGGCCUCUUAAAGGGAAGCAGUUUGGACAGGGGAGGGGAGGCUGCACCCUGGGAGAAGCCCAGCUAGCUCGAGCCCUCCCCUCCUCGCCUUUCCCCACCCCCCACCCCCUUUCCUGGAGAACAUUGCAUACUGUGCAGAUAGCAACUACUCUGGGGGCUGUACCUGUCUUAACCGGAGCAUGUGGACAGGCAGCAGGCAUUUGGGGCCGUAACAGCCCGGCAAUGCAAAGAGCAGCAGCUUUUGAGGGGCUGCAGAGAGAAGCAGAAAAUCAAUAAAACUAAGUCCAGGAGCUGAAGGAGGAACAGAGGCCAACCAUCGCCUGCUUUUUUAGCCUUUCUUAGUAUUAUUUUUUAAUGAGGACUACCUGCCAAGGAGCGAAGAAGCAGAUCUGCAGAGCCUUCGUUUCCUCUCCUGACCUCUAGUUUACAUCACUAACUGGUGACAGUCACAUCUCCAUACACAGUACCUGCCACUUCAGCCGCUCAGAAUCAUAGAAGCGUCUUUGUAUGCUGCAGACAUGGCUAGCCAGCAGGAUUCAGGCUUCUUUGAAAUCAGUAUCAAAUAUUUACUGAAAUCCUGGAGCAAUACCUCUCCAGUUGGUAACGGUUACAUCAAGCCUCCAGUUCCACCUGUUUCUGGCACACAGAGGGAGAAAGGGCCUCCCACCAUGUUGCCCAUCAAUGUUGACCCAGACAGCAAACCAGGAGAAUAUGUGCUCAAGAGUUUAUUUGUCAACUUCACCACUCAGGCUGAGCGCAAGAUUCGUAUCAUCAUGGCAGAACCUCUGGAAAAGCCAUUGACAAAAUCUCUUCAGCGAGGAGAAGACCCUCAGUUUGAUCAAGUUAUAAGCUCAAUGAGCUCCCUUUCCGAAUACUGCCUGCCUUCCAUACUGCGAACAUUGUUUGACUGGUAUAAGAGACAAAAUGGCAUCGAGGAUGAAUCUCAUGAAUAUAGACCCAGAACAAGUACUAAAUCCAAAAGUGAUGAACAGCAACGAGAUUAUUUAAUGGAAAGAAGAGAUUUGGCCAUUGAUUUUAUUUUUUCUCUAGUGUUAAUAGAAGUUUUGAAGCAGAUUCCACUUCAUCCCGUAAUAGACAGUUUGAUCCAUGAGGUUAUUAAUUUGGCCUUCAAGCACUUUAAAUACAAGGAAGGGUACCUUGGUCCUAACACUGGAAAUAUGCACAUUGUUGCAGACCUCUACGCAGAAGUAAUUGGAGUGUUGGCACAAGCUAAGUUCCCUGCUGUGAAGAAAAAAUUUAUGGCAGAACUAAAAGAACUCCGGCAUAAAGAGCAGAGCCCAUAUGUGGUUCAAAGUAUUAUCAGUUUAAUAAUGGGUAUGAAAUUCUUUCGUAUUAAAAUGUAUCCAGUGGAGGACUUUGAAGCUUCUCUUCAGUUUAUGCAGGAGUGUGCACAUUAUUUUCUGGAAGUUAAAGACAAAGAUAUCAAGCAUGCGUUGGCAGGGUUAUUUGUUGAAAUUCUCGUCCCUGUAGCAGCUGCUGUUAAAAAUGAAGUGAAUGUCCCCUGCCUUAGAAAUUUUGUUGAAAGCCUUUACGAUACAACACUCGAACUUUCUUCAAGGAAGAAGCAUUCCCUGGCUUUGUACCCUCUGGUGACGUGCCUGCUGUGUGUCAGUCAGAAGCAAUUCUUCCUAAACAGAUGGCAUGUUUUUCUCAACAACUGCUUGUCCAAUCUUAAAAAUAAAGACCCCAAGAUGGCCCGAGUUGCACUGGAAUCUCUAUACCGACUACUAUGGGUUUACAUGAUUAGAAUCAAAUGUGAAAGCAAUACAGCUACUCAGAGCCGACUUAUAACCAUCAUCACAACACUUUUCCCCAAAGGAUCCCGUGGUGUAGUACCCAGAGACAUGCCUCUGAACAUCUUUGUAAAAAUCAUCCAGUUCAUUGCCCAGGAACGUUUAGAUUUUGCAAUGAAAGAAAUUAUUUUUGACUUCCUUUGUGUUGGAAAGCCAGCAAAAGCUUUCAGUCUCAAUCCAGAGAGGAUGAAUAUAGGUUUGAGGGCCUUCUUGGUAAUAGCUGACAGUUUACAACAGAAAGAUGGUGAACCUCCCAUGCCAGUAACAGGAGCUGUCCUCCCUUCAGGAAACACUUUAAGAGUGAAGAAAACUUACUUGAGUAAAACUCUAACUGAAGAAGAGGCUAAGAUGAUAGGUAUGUCCUUAUAUUACUCUCAAGUACGAAAAGCUGUAGACAACAUUUUAAGACACCUUGAUAAAGAAGUGGGAAGAUGUAUGAUGUUGACAAAUGUCCAGAUGUUAAACAAAGAGCCAGAAGACAUGAUCACGGGAGAGAGAAAGCCAAAAAUUGACCUUUUCAGAACCUGUGUGGCUGCUAUUCCUCGACUGCUUCCUGAUGGGAUGUCCAAAUUAGAGCUGAUUGACUUGUUGGCCAGGCUGUCUAUUCACAUGGAUGAUGAACUUCGACACAUUGCCCAGAAUUCCCUUCAGGGGCUGCUGGUUGACUUCACAGACUGGAGAGAAGAUGUCCUAUUUGGAUUCACCAACUUCCUUCUUCGAGAAGUCAAUGACAUGCAUCACACCCUCCUGGAUACAUCCCUGAAAUUGCUGCUCCAGUUACUUACUCAGUGGAAACUGGUCAUCCAGACUCAAGGCAAAGUGUAUGAACAAGCCAACAAGAUCAGAAGUUCAGAGCUAAUACCAAAUGGAUCCAGUCAUAGAAUACCAACAGAAAGAAGUCCAUAUUCCAGUGUACUACACGCCGUGGAAGGAUUUGCCCUUGUAUUACUCUGCAGUUUCCAGGUGGCCACACGCAAACUAGCCGUUUUAAUACUCAAAGAAAUCCGAGCUUUAUUUCUUGCCCUGGGCCAGCCAGAGGAUGAUGACAGACCUAUGAUUGAUGUCAUGGAUCAGCUGAGUUCUUCUGUACUUGAAAGUUUUAUUCACGUAGCAGUCUCAGAUUCAGCAACAUUACCACUGACACACAAUGUGGAUUUGCAGUGGUUGGUAGAGUGGAAUGCAGUCCUGGUAAAUAGCCAUUAUGAUGUCAAGAGCCCGUCCCACGUCUGGAUAUUUGCCCAGUCGGUCAAGGACCCCUGGGUUCUUUGCCUCUUCAGUUUCCUUAGACAAGAGAAUUUACCCAAGCACUGCCCCACGGCACUCAGCUAUGCCUGGCCUUACGCUUUUACCAGGCUUCAGUUGGUGAUGCCUUUGGUGGAUCCAAAUAGCCCCAUUAAUGCAAAGAAAACCAGCACCGCCAGCAGCGGAGACAACUAUGUUACCUUGUGGAGAAAUUACCUGAUUCUUUGUUUUGGAGUUGCCAAACCCAGUAUUAUGAGCCCUGGACACUUGCGAGCGUCUACACCUGAAAUUAUGGCUACGACUCCAGAUGGCACUGUGAGCUAUGACAACAAGGUUAUAGGUACCCCAUCUGUGGGAGUUCUGUUGAAACAAUUGGUGCCUUUGAUGAGACUUGAAAGCAUUGAAAUCACAGAGUCUCUGGUAUUAGGAUUUGGAAGAACAAAUUCACUUGUUUUCAGAGAAUUGGUAGAAGAACUCCAUCCGUUAAUGAAAGAAGCAUUGGAGCGAAGACCAGAAAACAAGAAACGCCGAGAAAGGCGGGAUUUACUGCGGCUCCAGUUGCUGAGAAUUUUUGAGCUUCUUGCUGAUGCGGGUGUGAUAAGUGACAGCACCAAUGGAGCCUUAGAGAGGGACACACUAGCACUUGGAGCUUUGUUCUUAGAAUACGUUGACUUGACACGCAUGUUGCUCGAGGCGGAAAAUGACAAAGAGGUUGAAAUUCUCAAAGACAUCCGGGCCCAUUUCAGUGCGAUGAUAGCCAACUUAAUUCAGUGUGUUCCAGUUCACCACAGAAGAUUUCUCUUCCCCCAGCAAAGUUUGAGGCACCAUCUCUUCAUCUUGUUUAGCCAGUGGGCAGGACCUUUCAGCAUUAUGUUCACACCUCUGGAUCGUUACAGUGAUAGAAAUCAUCAGAUAACGAGAUACCAGUAUUGUGCAUUAAAGGCUAUGUCAGCAGUACUUUGCUGUGGCCCUGUUUUUGACAACGUGGGCCUUUCUCCAGAUGGCUAUCUGUACAAAUGGCUUGACAACAUUCUGGCUUGUCAAGAUUUACGAGUCCAUCAGCUUGGCUGUGAAGUUGUGGUCUUGUUAUUGGAACUAAAUCCUGACCAAAUAAAUCUCUUCAACUGGGCUAUUGACCGGUGCUACACAGGCUCCUAUCAGCUUGCUUCUGGAUGUUUCAAAGCCAUAGCAACUGUUUGUGGAAGCAGGAACUAUCCCUUCGACAUAGUGACUUUACUAAACCUUGUCCUAUUCAAGGCCUCUGACACCAACAGAGAGAUUUAUGAAAUUUCCAUGCAACUCAUGCAGAUUUUAGAAGCAAAACUUUUUGUAUACUCAAAGAAAGUGGCUGAACAAAGACCUGGCACUAUUCUCUAUGGAACCCAUGGUCCAUUACCACCUCUCUACAGUGUAUCACUAGGCCUGCUGUCAUACGAACUGGCCAAGAUGUAUCCUGAGCUCACUCUUCCCCUUUUCUCAGAGGUGAGCCAGAGAUUCCCUACAACGCACCCAAAUGGGCGUCAGAUCAUGCUCACCUAUCUGCUUCCAUGGCUUCACAACAUUGAACUGGUGGACAGCCGGCUCCUCCUCCCAGGCUCAAGCCCCAGCACUCCAGAAGAUGAAAUCAAGGACAGAGAAGGGGAAGUUACAGUUUCCUUUGGCCUAAAAGGAAAUGGUUGGGGUUCUCCAGAGGCUACAUCACUGGUCCUUAAUAAUCUUAUGUAUAUGACUGCCAAGUAUGGAGAUGAAGUUCCAGGACCCGAAAUGGAAAAUGCUUGGAAUGCCCUAGCCAACAAUGAGAAAUGGAGCAAUAAUCUGAGGAUAACCCUGCAGUUUCUUAUCAGUCUCUGUGGAGUCAGCAGUGAUACUAUCCUCUUGCCCUAUAUUAAGAAAGUAGCAAUAUACCUGUGUCGAAAUAAUACCAUUCAAACCAUGGAGGAGCUCUUGUUUGAGCUGCAGCAGACAGAACCAGUGAAUCCCAUCGUCCAGCAUUGUGAUAACCCACCCUUCUACCGUUUCACCGCAAGCAACAAGCCCUCGGCUGCUGCUUCUGGAACCACUUCCAGCAGCAACACCGUAGUUGCCGGCCAGGACAGUUUCCCAGAUGUGGAGGAAGGCAGGACAGUGAAAGAAACCGAUGAGAGGUUCAGUAAUGUCAUCAGAGCCCACACUCGGCUAGAAUCAAGAUACAGCAAUAGUUCCGGAGGCUCUUAUGAUGAAGACAAGAAUGAUCCAAUUUCUCCAUAUACUGGAUGGUUAUUGAAUAUCACAGAGACCAAACAGCCACAGCCAUUGCCGAUGCCCUGUACUGGAGGAUGCUGGGCACCCCUGGUUGACUACCUCCCAGAAACUAUCACUCCUCGGGGACCACUUCAUAGGUGCAAUAUUGCUGUUAUUUUCAUGACUGAAAUGGUUGUGGAUCACAGUGUGAGAGAAGAUUGGGCCCUUCAUCUACCCUUACUACUUCAUGCCGUCUUCUUAGGUUUGGACCAUUACCGGCCUGAAGUCUUUGAACACAGUAAAAAGCUGCUUCUCCACCUGCUCAUUGCUCUCUCUUGUAAUAGUAAUUUUCAUUCUAUUGCAUCAGUACUUCUGCAGACCAGAGAGAUGAGUGAAGCCAAGACACUCACAGUCCAGCCAGCUUAUCUUCCUGAAUACCUCUAUACAGGUGGCUUUGACUUCCUGAGAGAGUACCAGUCUUCCCCAGUGCCAGACUCGGGCUUAAGCUCCAGUUCCACCUCUUCCAGUAUCAGUCUGGGAGGCAGCAGUGGGAACCUCCCACAGAUCACCCAGGAGAUCGAAGACAUUGACACGGCCACUGAAUCUGAUGAAAAGGCGAACAAACUCAUUGAGUUCCUGACAACCAGGGCAUUUGGUCCACUUUGGUGCCAUGAAGAUAUCACACCCAAGAAUCAGAAUUCUAAGAGUGCUGAGCAACUCACUAAUUUCCUACGUCAUGUUGUAUCUGUGUUUAAGGAUUCCAAAUCAGGUUUCCAUUUGGAGCAGCAUCUAAGUGAAGUUGCAUUACAAACAGCCCUAGCCAGCUCCUCUCGGCAUUAUGCAGGUCGCUCUUUCCAGAUCUUCAGGGCCCUAAAGCAACCUUUAUCAGCUCAUGCCCUGUCUGACCUCCUCUCCAGACUGGUGGAAGUUAUUGGAGAGCAUGGAGAUGAGAUUCAGGGGUACGUGAUGGAAGCUCUCCUUACCUUGGAAGCUACUGUGGAUAAUUUGUCAGACUGCUUGAAGAACAGUGAUCUCUUGACUGUACUAUCUCGGUCAUCAUCCCCUGAUCUAAGCUCAAGCACUAAGCUGACAGCAAGCCGAAAGAGUACAGGUCAACUAAAUGUGAACCCUGGUGUUGCCAGUGGCAACACGGCUACUGCAGAACGAAGUCGCCAUCAGAGAAGCUUCUCUGUCCCCAAGAAGUUUGGUGUUGUAGACCGAACUUCAGACCCACCUCGAAGUGCAACUCUGGACCGGAUCCAGGCUUGUACCCAACAGGGGCUCUCCUCUAAGACCAGGAGCUCUUCAUCUUUGAAAGACAGCCUCACCGACCCAUCCCACAUCAACAAUCCAACCAAUCUCUUGGCCACCAUCUUCUGGGUCACCGUGGCCUUAAUGGAAUCUGAUUUUGAGUUUGAAUAUCUGAUGGCCUUAAGGUUACUCAAUAAGUUACUGACUCAUUUGCCCCUUGAUAAAGCUGAAAACCGAGAGAAACUUGAAAAAUUACAGGGACAGCUCAAGUGGGCAGAUUUCUCAGGGCUGCAACAGCUGUUGCUCAAAGGAUUCACUUCCCUCACUACCACGGACCUCACCCUGCAUCUCUUCAGUUUGCUAACACCUGUGUCCCGAGUAUCUAUGGUGGACUCAUCUCAGGCUAUUGGGUUCCCAUUGAAUGUCCUUUGUCUCCUGCCUCAGUUGAUUCAGCAUUUUGACAAUCCCAAUCAAUUUUGUAAGGAUAUAGCAGAGAGAAUUGCUCAGGUUUGCCUGGAAGAAAAGAACCCUAAACUUUCAAAUCUUGCACAUGUCAUGACUCUUUACAAAACACACAGCUAUACAAGAGACUGUGCGACGUGGGUCAAUGUUGUUUGUCGAUACCUUCAUGAAGCAUUUGCUGAUAUUACCCUGAAUAUGGUGACGUAUCUGGCAGAGCUCCUAGAGAAGGGUCUUCCAAGUAUGCAACAAUCCCUUCUCCAGAUGAUCUACAGUCUGCUCAGUUAUAUGGACCUAUCAGGUGUUCCCGUAAAGCAAUUUAACAUGGAAGUGUUGAAGACCAUUGAAAAAUACGUGCAGAGUGUUCACUGGAGAGAAGCUUUGAAUAUCUUGAAAUUGGUUGUUUCUCGAUCUGCCAGCCUAGUCUUGCCUUCAUACCAGCACAAUGAUCUUUCCAAAAUAGAAAUUCAUCGAGUAUGGAAUAGUGCUUCCAAGGAAUUGCCAGGAAAAACCCUGGAUUUUCACUUUGAUAUUUCAGAGACCCCCAUCAUUGGGAGACGUUAUGAUGAACUACAGAGUUCUUCUGGUCGAGACGGAAAACCUAGGGCCAUGGCGGUCACUCGAAGCACGUCCUCUACUUCGUCAGGUUCCAACUCCAAUGUCCUUGUUCCUGUGAGCUGGAAAAGACCUCAGUAUUCUCAGAAAAGGACAAAGGAGAAGUUGGUUCAUGUACUUACUUUGUGUGGCCAAGAAGUGGGGUUGAGCAAAAAUCCUUCAGUGAUUUUUUCCUCAUGUGGAGAUCUGGACCUUCUCGAGCACCAGACAAGCCUAGUAUCUUCUGAAGACGGCACCAGGGAGCAGGAGAACAUGGACGACACCAACAGUGAGCAACAGUUUAGAGUCUUCAGAGACUUUGAUUUCCUCGAUGUGGAGUUGGAAGAUGGAGAGGGUGAAAGCAUGGACAAUUUCAACUGGGGAGUGCGCAGGCGUUCCCUGGAUAGCCUGGACAAGUGUGAUAUGCAGCUACUGGAGGAGAGCCAACUUUCAGGAAGUACUCCCAGCCUAAAUAAAAUGAACCAUGAAGAUUCAGAUGAGUCAUCAGAGGAGGAGGACCUCCCAACCAGCCAGAUCCUGGAGCACGCCGAUCUAAUCAUGACCCUUUCCCCCUCUGAGGAGGCAAAUCACAUGGACUCGCUCACCAUAUCAUGUGAUACGACUACUGCUGACCCUCAUGCUUUUAACACCAGAACAUCUAGCUUUGACGUUUCUUUGACUGAUAUGAAUAAUCUGCAGGUGUCUGAGGGUUCUAAGGCUGAUGGUGUCAAUGAUGAAGAAGACACAACAGUGCAUGAAGAUGAACUUUCUGGUUCUAUCAAUGAACUCCCAGCGACAUUUGAGUGCAGCGAUAGCUUCAGCCUAGACAUGACUGAGGCUGAAGAAAAAGGAGACCGAGCAUUGGACCAGUUUACUCUUGCAAGCUAUGGAGAUGGAGACAGGGGCAUCUCUCCACCUCCUUCGCCCUUCUUCUCUGCCAUACUGGCUGCUUUUCAGCCAGCUGCUUGCGAUGAUGCCGAAGAAGCCUGGCGCAGUCAUAUCAACCAGCUUAUGGGCGAUUCAGAUGGCUCCUGUGCUGUGUAUACAUUUCAUGUGUUCUCCUCCUUGUUUAAGAAUAUUCAGAAAAGGUUCUGCUUCCUGACUUGUGAUGCAGCCAGUUAUCUUGGAGACAACCUUCGGGGAAUUGGCUCCAAAUUUGUUAGUUCUUCCCAAAUGCUGACUUCUUGUUCUGAAUGCCCAACACUUUUUGUGGAUGCUGAGACGCUCCUAUCUUGUGGACUCCUUGACAAGCUCAAGUUCAGUGUUCUGGAACUGCAGGAAUAUCUGGACACCUACAACAACAGAAAAGAAGCCACUCUCUCAUGGCUUGCAAAUUGCAAGGCAACAUUUGCGGGAGGAUCACGAGAUGGAGUCAUUACUUGUCAACCAGGAGACUCAGAAGAAAAGCAAUUGGAACUGUGUCAGAGAUUAUAUAAACUACAUUUCCAGCUGCUGUUGCUUUUUCAAUCCUACUGUAAACUCAUUGGCCAGGUGCAUGAAGUUAGUUCCAUGCCAGAGCUAUUGAAUAUGUCCAGAGAACUCAGUGACUUAAAGAAAAACCUGAAGGAUGCAACAGCUGCCAUUGCAAUGGAUCCCCUCUACAUAGAGUCCUCCUGGCCUGAGCCUACUUUCAGUUCCACAGAAGCAGCCAUUCAAUCCAUGCUAGAAUGCCUGAAGAACAAUGAACUUGGAAAAGCAUUACGGCAAAUCCGGGAAUGCAGGAGUUUGUGGCCCAAUGACAUCUUUGGGAGCAGCUCUGAUGAUGAGGUUCAGACACUACUGAACAUUUACUUCCGACAUCAAACACUGGGACAAACUGGUACUUAUGCACUAGUGGGAUCCAAUCAGAGCCUUACAGAAAUCUGCACCAAGCUGAUGGAGCUCAACAUCGAGAUCCGGGACAUGAUUCGAAGGGCUCAGAGCUACCGAGUCCUCACAACUUUUCUCCCAGAUUCCAGUGUUUCAGGCACAAGUCUCUGACAGGAGUCUUCCGUCCUCCAUUGGUUCCAAGCUGGGAGUGCUGCCAUGCUGGAGUGAUGUCAUCCAGUGUCUUUUCGGUCUUCAGAAGACUUGGUCAGGCUGUCCUCCCUCUUGUUACCUGUAGGACUUUUUCUACAAAGAGGUGGGCGGAACUUCCAAUGUGUAGCAAUACUGUCAGGACAAAGGUAGCCUAGAACACGCCGGACCAUCUCAAGUCUCUGCGCUGUGUGGCACAAACACGUUAGCAUUUCACUGAGCAACCACAAUUCACUACUGAAGGAGGUGACUUCCAUUGCAUACCAAAGCCGACGACACUGAACAAUACCUUCCUUUCUAGAAACUUGUUUUAGAUUGGCAAAAGUGCAAUGUUUCCUUACUAAUUUUUUUUUGUAUCCUUAAACUUGUACAUUAUUUCCCUAUAUUUUUCUUUUUUUUUUUUUUUUCCUUUUCUGAGGGGAGGAGAAGGAAAAAGGGGCAGGCAAGAUGAAGCUGGCCACUGGAAACAGAGUCAGUUGGUCAAAAGCUGAGCGCCUGUGUAUAUGAAAACAAACUGUAAAUGGACUACAAUUUAACAUACACUGUAAUUUGAAUACGAUUACUGUAUCUAAAAUGAGCUGCUAUGAAGUACAUUUCUUAAAUGUUGCUAGGCUACUGUCUCUGAAGGUACUGGAUUGCUUUGCGGAGGUCUGUUAUUAGGACCCAAAUACCAGAAAUGGUAUAGGUAGAUUUUUUUUUUAAGGAUCUUGGCUGCUUUUUCCUAGAGGGUUGCUUUUAUGAACAUAUUUAUACUACAAAUGAAAAAAAAAAAGAUGGUUGUUAAUUUGAAUUAACUUUGACAUUUUGUAGAACAAAGUUAAAUUCAUACACAUUAACAGUCUAUAUCGCCUAACCUGUCACGCAUGCAUAUUUUAAUUUAAUGUCCACUUGGAUAACAGAAUAUAGAACUAUCAAGUUGAAGUGCAAGUCCUCACUUAAAGUUUCUUAGAUGAUAUUUUAUUUGUAAUAUAUAUAUAUAUAAACCCAUUCUUAUAAGUUCCCCCCUCACAAUUAAUGCUGUCCAGUGUUAAAAUGUGGGCGUGUAAACCUGUUGCACAUCAGAAACACUUUUAUUCAGAUGUGAUCUAUGUAACUUAUUCACUCUGUAAAUACACUUGCAGGUUUUGUGAAGUAA